CACACCUUAAUUCAGUCAAGCGACAUUCGACAUCCAACGUCUCGCCUCACAUUCACCUACCAUCAGCACGCUCGCUCCUUCACCAGAUACCAUACCGACCAUGCCCUCCUUGUGGCCCUUACCCUUUCUGGGCCGUAGCGUAGAAUCAGGCUACGACCCUGUCCUCGCAGCAGAAUUCGAUGGUCCCUCGUCCUCCCCAUCAUCUUACCUUCAUACCCUCACCCGUCGAGCAAGUCGUAUAGAUCCAACAGCAGACCAACGAACUAUCAUCAUCGUCGCCUGCGUAUAUGCCGUCGUAAUUGCAAUCCUCUGGCAUUUCCCUAUCCUCAAAUACUCGCUCUACGGCUUCAAGCUCCUCACCGUUGGCAUGCACGAAUUCUCCCAUGCCUUUGUGGGCUUGAUUACGGGUGCAAAAAUUGAGUCGAUCAAGCUCGAGCCAAAUGAGGGAGGAGCUACAAGGAUGAGAGGAGGGGUGGCAUGGUUGACUUUACCUGCUGGGUAUUUGGGCUCAAGCUUCCUGGGCGCAGCGAUGAUUGCUUGUAGCUUCGAUAUCAGGGCGAGCAAGGUCAUGAGCAUUGUGCUGGGCGUCAUCUUUCUAAUGACCGCUUUCUGGGCGAGGAGAGAUUGGCUCACGCUGCUCGUCCUCUUCAUCACAGCGGGCAUCCUCGUUGCCUUCUGGUUCAUAGCGCACGGUGUCGCUCUCCAAUUCUUUGUCCUCUUCGUAGGCGUCAUGAGCUGUCUCUACUCCGUAUGGGAUGUAGCCGAAGAUCUGGUAUUCCGCAAAGUCGAGGAGUCAGACGCAUCAGCCUUCUCUCGUCUCGUGGGCGGCCCACCACAACUCUGGGGCGUAUUUUGGCUCUUCAUCUCCGUCGUCUUCUUUGCGGCGGGGCUCGUCAUUGGCAUCGUCGCUUUCAAGGAACCGCUGAAGCAGCAGCAGAGCGAGGACUUCCUGAAUACGAGGAGAGGGCUCAGGGACGAUUUUGUCGUGCUCAGGCCGCGUUGA